AGUCCAGGUACCUAAUUAUUACGUAGCUGGCGCCCCUACGUAAUUAAUUCGUUCUCUCAUAUUAAUCAGUACUCCGAGAAGCAAUUGACAAUUGACAAAAUUCUAACAAUAUUUCCCAUACAUUUUCAUACCUCCUUCACUGUGAUAUGGCAUCAACUUCAACCUCUCGUCUACUAUUUAGUAGACUUACAAGGUCUUCAAGGCCGAUUUCCCCCUACGUCCGCCCAUUCUUAUCCCACAGUUUCCAACCAGCAACCUGCCGAUUCGCCCACGCCAUACCAAGACCAAGACCCGCCGCCUCGUCCUCGUCCUCGUCCUCGUCGCCCGAACAAAACAAGCCCCGAAAGCUCCUCGAGCCUCACUACGAACUCACCUUUACCUGCGUCCCCUGCGGCGACCGCUCCUCGCACACGAUCUCGAAGCAGGGCUACCACAAUGGGUCGGUGCUCAUCACCUGCCCGUCCUGCCGCAACCGGCACGUCAUAAGCGACCACCUGAACAUCUUCGGCAACCGCAAGGUGACGAUCGAGGACAUCAUGCGGGAGAAGGGGCAGCUGGUGAAGCGCGGCACGCUCGGGGAGGACGGCGACGUCGAGUUCUGGGAGGACGGGUCCGUGACCAGGCGGGGUGACGGCGCAGCUGCUAGUGGUAGUGGUACCUCCUCGGAUCCGGACGCGGCGCAAGACGGAGAAGAAGCUUCGCUCUCGAGGGAGGCGAGGGAUCCUUCUUCCCAAUCUACGAAUCCAACGCCAGCUGCCCCAGCGCCGUUGGAGAAUUCGGACGCGCGCCCGUCGGUGGAUAGCACUCAACACACGGAUCAAGUACUGUCAACACGGCGCCAAUAACCGGCGACAACAACAAAAGGACCGCGCCUUCUUAAAUAGGCGAAUAAAAACGCAUUGCAUUGCAUCGAAUCGCAUCAUGCCGCUAAUGCGCGAGCAUAGCGCGACCUCCUCACGAAAAUUUACACGUCUUACCAUAUGAGGUAUCACAAGUAGGUAAUUACAUUAGAAUAUAUAAACCGCAAGGGGGUGUAAGGGGAGCGCGUAUAAAAGCCAGUAUGCUCGGGGAAAGGUUUACCGCAUACCAUAAAAACGAGCUUCGACGGGCUUAUCACCGAUCUAGAGCACAGGAUGAGUUGCCUACAAGCUUGUAUAUACACGAUAGUCAUCCGCUGUAUCAGAUAUUGUACCUACUACAUUAUAUACGUCAAUACCCAUAUUCAACAGACUUUAAAAUAGGUACCUUCGUAGAGGACGAGAUAUAGAUAAAUUAUGAUAAAAUACC